ACUCCUUUCCCUUUUUGACUCUGAUUUUAACCAAAAGUUCAUAAACAAUUCAAAAUGGGUAAUUCACAAUCGGGUAUGCCAAGAGACAAUGGCAAAAAAGACAAGGUAUUAUUAUUAUUAUUGUACAACUAUGCAAAAAGCCCACAAACGACAGAGCUACAGUUGUUCACUUUUUAACCGUUGCCGUCGAUAGGAGAAGGAUAAAAAGAAAAAGUGGGAACCUCCUGUGCCUACACGUGUAGGUAAAAAGAAGAAGAGAGGACCCGAUACAACCGCCAAGUUACCUCAAGUCUUUCCUACCACUCGUUGUCGUCUUAAAAUGUUGAAAAUGGAACGUAUCAAAGAUUAUUUGUUACUUGAAGAAGAGUUUGUACAAAAUCAAGAAAGACUUAAACCUCAAGAAGAAAGAGAUCAGGAAGAAAGAACACGAGUGGAUGAUUUACGUGGUUCGCCCAUGACAGUAGGCUCAUUAGAAGAGAUUAUCGACGAUGACCACGUUAUUGUUUCUUCAGCCACAGGACCCGAAUAUUACGUUUCUGUCAUGAGUUUUGUCGACAAAGAUUUACUCGAACCUGGAUGCAGCGUUUUAUUACAUCACAAGACCAUGUCGGUGGUCGGCGUCUUGGCCGACGAUACCGAUCCGAUGGUCAGCGUGAUGAAGUUGGAGAAAGCACCUACGGAAUCGUAUGCGGAUAUCGGUGGUCUUGAGCAACAAGUGCAAGAAAUCAAGGAAGCGGUCGAAUUACCACUGACGCAUCCUGAAUUGUACGAAGAAAUGGGCAUCAAGCCGCCCAAGGGUGUGAUUCUCUACGGUGUGCCUGGUACGGGUAAAACACUGUUGGCGAAAGCGGUGGCCAAUCAAACCAGCGCUACUUUCUUACGUAUCGUAGGUUCAGAGUUGAUUCAAAAGUAUUUGGGUGACGGUCCCAAAUUGGUGCGUGAACUUUUCCGUGUGGCCGAAGAAAACGCACCGGCUAUUGUGUUUAUUGAUGAAAUUGAUGCAGUGGGUACAAAACGAUACGACUCGACCUCGGGCGGAGAGCGUGAAAUUCAACGUACCAUGCUGGAAUUGCUGAAUCAGUUGGACGGUUUCGAUUCCCGAGGCGACGUGAAGGUGAUUAUGGCAACCAACAAGAUUGAUAGUUUGGAUCCUGCUUUGAUUCGUCCCGGCCGUAUCGAUCGUAAGAUUGAAUUCCCCUUGCCUGACGUAAAAACAAAGCGUAGAAUUUUCAAUAUUCAUACCUCAAGAAUGACCUUGGCGGACGAUGUUGACUUGGAAGAAUUUGUCAUGUCCAAGGAUGAUUUAUCGGGUGCAGAUAUCAAGGCUGUUUGUACAGAAGCAGGUUUAAUGGCUUUACGUGAACGUCGUAUGAAGGUGAUUGCCGAGGAUUUCCGUAAAGCGAAAGAGAAAGUUUUGUAUAGAAAGACGGAAGGCACCCCAGAAGGGCUUUAUCUCUAAACACAUUUU